AUGCCGACGCAUGUGCUGUUCGAGUGCGCCGCGGGCCUUGCGGUGUUCAAGGUUGAACAGGUCGAGAGCAUUGGCUCUCUGACCAAGCAGGUGCAGGAUGCCAUGGAUGACUUGCCCACCUUUGGAAAGAUGGUCAAGCUGCUGAGCUUUUCGCCGUUCAAGAGUGCGCCCGAAGCGCUGCAGGGUGCGCUCGAUAUCUCGGAGGGCGUGGUGAACGACCACCUGCGCUCUCUUCUCACUCUCAACCUUGCCCCGGAGGGCAAAAAGGUCAAGGGCAUCGAGCUCGGUGUGUGCGACCGCAACCUCGCGACGAGCAUCGUCGGCGAGCUCGGCAUUCCUUGCGACACGGGCGAGACGACGCAGGAGCUGGUGCGUGGCGUCCGUCUCCACGCUGAGAAGCUGCUCAAGGGCAUGACCGAGGGUGACCUCGGCCGCGCGCAGCUCGGUCUCGGCCACUCCUUCUCGCGCUCCAAAGUCAAGUUCAACGUGAACCGCAGCGACAAUAUGAUCAUCCAGGCCAUUGCGCUGCUCGACACACUCGACAAGGACGUCAACACCUUUGCCAUGCGCGUGCGUGAAUGGUACGGCUGGCACUUUCCGGAGCUGGUGCGCAUCGUGACGGACAACAUUGUCUACGCCCGCUGCGCCCGCUUCAUCAAGGCCAAGGAGCACCUGUCGGAGGACCAGCUGGAGGAGCUCACCGAGAUCCUUGGCGGCGACGAGAUCGCCGCGCGCAACGUGCUCGAUGCCAGCCGCGCCUCGAUGGGCACCGAGAUCGGCGAGCUGGACAUGACCAACAUUGAAAACUUUGCCGACCGCGUCGUGCAGCUCGCCGAGUACCGCAAGAACAUGCACAGCUACCUCGUCGAGAAGAUGCACCUCGUCGCGCCGAACCUGUCUGCGCUCGUCGGCGAGAUCAUCGGUGCGCGCCUCAUCUCGCAUGCGGGUUCGCUGACGAACCUCGCCAAGUACCCUGCUUCCACCGUGCAGAUCCUCGGUGCAGAGAAGGCGCUGUUCCGUGCGCUCAAGACCAAGGGCAACACGCCCAAGUACGGUCUGAUUUACCACGCCUCGGCCAUCUCGCGUGCUGCGCCCAAGAACAAGGGCCGCAUGUCGCGUUUCCUGGCGAACAAGAUCAGUAUCGCGAGCCGUAUCGACUGCUUCUCGGACGCGCCGUCGACCAAGUUCGGUGAGGUGCUCCACCUCCAGGUCGAGGAGCGCCUGCAGUUCUACGAGACGGGCAAGCCUACGAGCAAGAACAGCGACGCGAUGCGCAAGGCUAUCCUCGCCAUUGAGGAGGCCGCCGGCGACCUGAUGGACGUCGAUGCUGAGGACAACGAGGACGAGGACGAGGAUGACGAGGAUGACGAGCCUGCCGAGCCGAAAAAGUCCAAGGACAAGUCCAAGUCGAAGAAGGACAAGAAGGAAAAGAAGGAAAAGAAGAGCAAGAGCAAGAGCAAGGACAAGUCGGACGACGUCGCAAAGGCCGCCAAGAAGGCCGCCAAGAAGGCCGCCAAGACGGACUCCAAGGAGAAGAAGAAGGCCAAGUAA